AGCUAAUGGAGGCAACUUAGACAGCAGCAGGCGCGGCCCCUCGUCUCUCGGCGCUGCCUGCUCCCCCCGCACCGGGAGCGGCGCUCCCCGCCGAGCAGCCUCCCGAUCGCUGCCGGGCCCGCGGGACUGCCUGGCCGCUUGCGCUGCCCCGAUGAUGUUACCGAGCCCCGUCACCUCCACACCUUUCUCUGUCAAAGACAUCCUCAACCUGGAGCAGCAGCAGGACCCACACUAUGGGGCCCAGCUCCCGCACCACCUGGAGCACCACUUCCACCCCGCCGCCUGCCUGCUGGCGGCCGCCGACGGCGCCCGCUUCUCCGACGGCGAGGAGGAAGAGGAGGAGGAGAAGCUCUCCUACCUGAGCCCUAUGGCAGCGCCCGGUAGCCAGGCGGACGCGCGGAUCUCCGCCGACAACUACGUUCACGCUGUGCUGCGUGGCUCCUGCGAGGCUCCCGGCCCGGGAGAAGAGCUGGACCCCGCGGUCCGUGACCCAAAGAGCUGCGUCCUGAAGAAGCCGCUGGACGCGACGGAGAAGACGGAGGAGGCAGAGAGGCCGAAGCAGCGGAGCCGGAGGAAGCCGCGCGUCCUCUUCUCUCAGGCUCAGGUUUUCGAGCUGGAGCGUCGGUUCAAGCAGCAGCGUUACCUGUCAGCGCCCGAGCGGGAGCACCUGGCCAGCAGCCUGAAGCUCACCUCCACGCAGGUGAAGAUCUGGUUCCAGAACCGGCGCUACAAGUGCAAGCGGCAGCGCCAGGACAAGUCGCUGGAGCUGGGCGGCCCCGCGGCCCCGCCGCCGCCGCGCAGGGUGGCCGUGCCCGUGCUGGUCCGCGACGGCAAGCCGUGCCUCGGUGGGUCGCAGGGCUACAGCUCGGCGUACAACGGGCCCUACUCCUACAAUGGCUUCCCCGCCUACGGCUACGGCAACGCCGCCUCCUACAACCCCGGCUACGGCUGCACCUACCCGGCGGGCACCGGCGGCGCCUCCAUGCAAGCCGCCUGCAGCCCGGCGGCGGCCGCCGGCCCCUUCGUGAACGUGGGCGGCCUGGGGGGCUUCAGCGGCGGCGGCCAGCCGCUGCACCAGGCGGCGGCGGGGCCGUCCUGCGGCCAGGGCGCACUGCAGGGCAUUCGGGCCUGGUAGCCCGCACGCACUGAGGGUCGGGAGCGGACCGACAGGACGGCCUAGCGGCUCCGGGGCCCCGUUAUCACCCGCACCGCAGCCCGGCUGCGCGCCGCGCGCCUUGGACCGGAGGCGGCGGCGGGACGGCGCAGCGGCACCCCGGCACUCCCGCGGGCAUCGGUGCGGGGCCGGCGACGGACGGAGCGGAGCGGCGCGGCAGGACGGGUCCUCCCGAGCCCGCAGCGAAACGCUGCCGCGCCGCGGAGCCGCCGGGACGGACGGACUGACGGCCGAGCCGGGCGGGCCGGAGCCGAUCGUGCCGCGCUAGCGGAGCAGCUUUGCUUGUAAAAAAAGCCGACGGCGGGGCCCGGUGGUGCCGCGGUCCCUCUAUCUACUUUGUAUCGGUCACUGCCAGCGCCAGCUCGCCCAGUCAGUCAAUAAACCAGGUGCAAUAU